AUGCAGGCUACACAGGACAAUGUCGAAGAUCCCUUCGCGGACCGAGAAGAUGCACCCUUUCUGGACCCGAGCCAGCCAAAGAAUGAGCAGGCCUUUCGGAAGACGGAUAACAAUGUUUCUCGCGAAAAGCUGCGAAUCCGGCUCAUGGUUACACUAUACGCAAUCCUUUUGCUGGUGGAGAUGGGAAGCGCAAUGACACAGGGCCCUUAUACUCGAAUCUUCGAGUCGGUUGCUUGCAAACACUGGUAUCGGGACCACGAUCCGUCGCAACUCGGGAGUGAUGGAGAGGUACCCGAAGAAGCCUGUAAAUCCUCUGUUAUUCAAAGCGAGGUUGCGACGAUUAAAGGAGUCUUGGAAUUCUUUGAUGGGGUGACAAGUGUAUUACUCGCAAUUCCGUACGGGUUGCUGGCCGAUCGGAUCGGACGAAAGCCUACGAUCAUGUUAAGUAUUCCAGGCUUUAUUCUCAAUAUGGCAAUAAGUUUGGCAGUCUUGUGGUGGUCAGAUAUUUUCCCACUACGUGCGAUAUGGUUCUCGGCUUUGUCAUGGCUAUUUGGCGGUGGUUUAGUUGUUGCAUCUGCGUUGGUAUGGACGAUGAUGGCAGACGUCACGACUGAACAACAACGAUCUGCGAUGUUCUUCCAGUCUGGUGUCGUUAUUAUGGGCUCUGAGUUUCUGAGUAACUCGAUUGGAUCGUGGCUUAUGCUUUACUCGCCCUGGAGACCUUUGCUCAUUGGCUGGUCAAUCGUCAUUGUUGGUCUGUGUCUGGGCUUGACGUUGCCGGAAACGAAGAAUGCAUUUGCGCCCACUAAAGGUCCGGAGCAGGAAUAUUCUCAUGAAAUGUCCGACUUGUCCACUCUCGCAGAUGAUGAGGAAGAGGAAGAAGGCACCUUGCCUUUUACGAAAACCACCGCAGCGCAACAGCCACCAACUACGGCUUGGAUGAAAGUCAAAACCUCUUUCAUCGCUUAUUCCUUUUUCUUCAAAGACAGACAAGUGGUCCUGCUCUCUUCAGCGUUUUUGGUCUACAAACUCAGUCGGGGAACUUCAUGGUUCCUAAUUCAGUACGUUUCUAUCAGGUACGAUUGGCGUCUUGCAGCAGCAAAUAUGAUCACAUCGCUCAAAUCAAUCUUGAUGGUUCUUUUGUUUGUCGCAAUCCUGCCACUAGCCUCUUGGUAUCUGCAGAAGAAGCGAGGCGUUGACAGUCGUACCAAAGACAUGAUUCUCACGAAGACCAGCGUCAUGUGUCUUCUGGUAGGCACUCUAGGCAUGGGCCUCUCGCCGCAUAUUUCUAUAAUGUUUUUCUUCCUUGUAAUCCAGACUAUGGGUGCUGGAUUUGUGUAUACUACGCGUUCGGUGAUUACGACGAUGAUUCAUCGUGACCAGACAGCUCGCUUAUAUACAUUGAUUGAGAUUAUCCAAGCUCUGGGUAUGAUCUUGGCCAGUCCGGUUAUGACUGGCUUCUUCAAUUGGGGGUUGCAGUUGGGGGGGKUUUGGAUAGGAUUGGCUUGGAUGGUAGCUGCUGGCCUUUUUGGCAUUGUUGGCUUGAUCAUCUGGAGAGUCAGGUUGCCUGCUCUGUCUACCAGAUCUGAUGACUGA